AAGGCCAUGUAACACAGUGGUGAACAUGCCCUUUCCCAACUACUUUGGCACGAAAUGCGAAGUUAAUUAUUAUUUGCAAAAAAAAAUAAAGUUUAUGAGUUUGAACAUCAAAUAUCUUGUCUUUGUAGUGCAUUCAAGUGAAUAUGGGUUGAAAAAGAUUUUCAAAUCAUUGUAUUCCGUUUAUAUUUACAUCUAACACAAUUUCCCAACUCAUAUGGAAACGGGGGUUGUAAUAAAGCUUAUGUUUUAGCUGCCAUUUUAUUUGUGAGCGAUUCAGAUGUCGCCGAUUCUAAUGCAGUUUCAUGAAGCUGUUGAUGCGAUGAGAGUUGUUCUCUCUGCUGCAGCUCCACGAUGGUGAAGACAGAAGGAGUGCAGACAGGAAAAUUAGACAGACGGGUUCUCAGAGAGGCAAGGAUGCAGUUACUGUCUCGCUCUGGGCACCAAGCAGCCCGGAGCCGCUUUCUUGGCCUUAUAUAGUGUGUUUGGACACUACUUGGCAGUCAGAAGAGGAGCCUGAGCCAGAAGCACAAGGAGCGCAUCCUGGUCCAGUCGGACGCUGCACACUGAGCUCUGUACCUCUCUGGCACACGUCCGGGAUUACUGCUGGUGUUUUGAGCAAAGGCAGGAGCUGUGGCUAGGGAGGAGGGCAAAGGGAUAUGCAUUUGGUGCUCGCUCUCUCGCCCCCGUCCUCGCCUGAGGGGGUGAGGUCGGUGGGCGUUGUGCAAGCAGUGGAAAUGCAGAGGUAGAAAACCAGACAGAGCGGGAAAGACAGAGUAAGAGUUACUCCAGUGUCCAGGUCACCACAGCGUGUCAAACAAGCACCAACUAUGAGCUGCCUCCCACUCCUCAGCUGCCGUUAAAGCAUGUUGAUACUCCGGGCUCAACAAGGUCCUGCAAGAGUGCCGAAAUAAAGCGAAAGCAGUCACGGAGUCAGAGUAUGGUCCAGGCCAUGGAGGAGAGCUACGAGGUGGACCUGAUUUACAUCACGGAAAGGAUCAUCUCCCUCUCUUUCCCGGGCGCCGCCGAGGAGCAGAGCUACACCGCCCAACUCAAGGAGGUGGCGGCCAUGCUGCGGUCCAAACACAGCGACCACUACCUGGUGCUCAACCUGAGCGAGUUGAGGAAUGACCUGGCAACGCUAAACCCCAAGGUGCUGGAGUUUGGCUGGCCGGACCACCACGCGCCGCCGCUGGACAAGAUCUGCAGCAUGUGCAAGGCCAUCGACAUGUGGCUGAACGGCGACCUGCACAACGUGGUGGUCCUUCACAACAAAGGGAACCGAGGUCGUACGGGGGUGGUGGUGGCCGCCUACAUGCACUACAGCAACAUAUCGGCAAGCGCCGACCAGGCGUUGGACAGGUUCGCCAUGAGGCGCUUCUAUGAGGACAAAGCACUUCCUGUCGGUCAGCCAUCGCAGAGAAGGUACGUGCAAUACUUCAAUGGACUUUUAUCCGGCCAGAUCAAAAUCAACAACAAGCCUCUGUUCUUGCAUCACGUCAUCAUGCACGGCAUCCCCAACUUCGAGUCCAAAGGAGGCGAGUGUACCCCCGGUUGCCGACCCUUUCUGAAAAUCUACCAAGCGAUGCAGCCAGUGUAUACAUCGGGGAUAUACAACGUGCAGGGAGAUGGCGGCACGAGCAUCUGCAUUACCAUAGAACCCGGCUUACUGCUGAAGGGCGACAUCCUGCUCAAGUGUUACCACAAGCGCUACAGAAACCCCAACAGGGAUGUUGUGUUCAGGGUGCAGUUCCACACGUGCGCCAUCCACGACCUCGGAGUGGUGUUCGGAAAGAGCGAGCUGGACGAGACAUUUAAAGAUGACAGAUUUCCUGAAUACGGGAAGGUGGAGUUUGUCUUUUCAUACGGUCCAGAAAAAAUCAAAGGCUUAAGUCACCUGGAGAAUGGACCGAGCGUGUGCGUGGACUACAACACCCAGGAUUCUCUGAUCCGUUGGGACUCAUAUGAGAACUUCACCCACCGCAGUGAGGGCACCGCCGUCGCGGAUGAAGAGCACGAUGUUGUUCACACUCAAGGUCCACUUGAUGGUAGCCUGUAUGCACGGGUCCGCAAGAAAGACUCCCUGGAGGGAGUGGUCACCAUCAACGGCCUGCCAGUUCACGAAAACCUCCUGACCGCUGUAGAGAACCCUUUGCGACACCCAAACCACCAACUUCAAACCACAGAGCAUACCCUUCCUGUAACAGGCCAUGCCUCUCUUCCUGCGGUUGACCACACCCUCUCUGUGAGCAGCGACUCGGGCAACUCCACCGCCUCCGUCAAGACUGAUCGAACUGAGGAACAUUGUCAGUCUCUGCAGGGCGGCUCAAGCCAUGGUAACCAAGUAGCAAGUCACCCACUGCUCAGCCCUCAUGAGAAGAAAGAACUUGAUCAGCUUUUGAGUGGACUUGAGGCUCCUGUUCAUCAACGACAAGCGUAUUUGUCUACUUCAGCCAGUCCGGGAGGAGGUGUCCGACACCUCGUCCCUGCACAAGUGCAUGUCAACGGGGGCCACACCAGGCUAGCUUGUGUACCUUCAACAGAAGAGCGCGAGACAGAUAUUCUUGACGACGAGCUGCCCAAUAGCCAAGAGGGUAAUAGCGUGGACAGCUUGGGCACACUCUCAUCCUUAGAAGGUCAGGCCACAGCAGCUGACCUCUACUACCAGUCAGAAACCCCCAUCAGUGCUCAAAACGACGGGCCUUUCCUUGAAAGAGGGGUUCUUGGAAAAAAGUUGAAUGAGAUGCCUGUGCACGGGAUACAAACACCCACUGCAAUGCAGGAGUGCAGCGCCUUGGUGUCCCCACAAGGUGGGUACAACAACUACCAGAAUGGAAGUGGAAUGUAUCGCUCACAGUCCUUUGGUAAUCCGCCAGCUGGCAGCCCUGAGGCCAACCCUAAACUGAUGCCCAGGGCACCAGAGAGGAGCACCAGUAGCCGGGAAGCUGUUCAAAGAGGUCUCAAUACAUGGCAUCAGUAUAGCCUCCCAGAUGAUCCUUUUGGCCCACCACUUCAGUCCACCCAUAGCUUGCCACAUUUUCCUUCGUCCGCUUCUCAAAGGGACAUCGAGCAGUCCAUUGAGGCCCUCAACAUGCUAAUGCUCGACCUGGAUCCGAUCAACUCCCACAUGUCCAAGUCAUACAGUGCACCUCCUGGGGAAAACACCCUCCAUUCAUCGCAGGUGCCCUUCUCCCAGACUCUUACAAGGCCCUCAUACCAAGCAGACUUUGCCAUCCACGGCUACAGCACCUCUGGGUCAUUCAACAACACCUUCCAUCAGCCACCACGCUCCACCGGGAGAACUUUUCCCAACCAGAGCCCUGUUUUGGAGUCUCCAAUGUACUCUCCUCAAAGGCCCAGCCCCACCUACCAGCACCAAAACACAACCCCAACACACACACCUGAACCCUACAUGCACACACGCCAAGCGCAGCACCACUUUCCCUCCGUUCCCUCCCCGAACGUCCAACAGCCGCUAAAGCCUGUGAACUCUUACACGGUCGGCGUCGUGUCGCACUCCCCAGACCCACAGGGAUCAUCACCCUAUCCAGGCUGCAGCGAGUCCUCCUCCCCACUUCCCGCUCUCACCCCGCAGCCUAAAGACGCCUCCUCUUCGUCUUUGGCCCGAGACCAAGAUGCAGAGGAGGACAAUCUGAACCUGGAAGGCCUGGUGGCUCACCGCAUCGCCGGGCUACGCUCCAGGGGAAUAACCCCUGAGGUCAACCAGGAGACAGGUCGGCGUCGAACCACCAGUGAGGGUCAGUACCACAGUGGCCAUGACAACAGGUCAGCAAGCCUUUCGCCAGACUUCAGCGACAGUCUGUCCCACAACCCUGGAGGAAGACUGAGAGAGGACCCAAUGCAAAGCUACAGGGAAGUUUUUGAGGAGAAUGAUGCCAAUAGGUUUGCCAGCAACAGUCCCCCUUGGCGAGGCUGUGCUCGCUCCCUACCUGGUCGGACGUCGGCAUCAGGUGUGAGUCCUCAUCAAAAGGUUGCAUCUGACUCAGAUUCUAGUGAUGGAGAGCAAGAUAAUCGCGGUUUCGUGGAAUUUAGAGCACAGCAGUUCAGCGCUCCUCUCACCUCCAGCAGCCCCGACGGACGGAGGUAUGCUUCUUCGGACCACGGCCCUCACAGCUCGGCACCGUUCUACCCUCAAAGACCCGCCUCCCCUGACGGCUCCCAGGUCAACAUCAUGGGUGUCCACACCGUCCCCGGUAGCCCCAAUACCCUUCACCGCACAGUAGCCACCAACACGCCCCCAAGCCCUGCCCUACAAAGACGCCUCGGCCAAGCCAGCCCGUCGUCGCUCAGACACACCCCUCCAGCAGGCAGCAGCCGGGACAACAUACCCUCCAGCCCCUUGAUUGGCAGAAACCCCAAAACAGCAGGCGCUAGCGUGCCACCUUCCAGCCCCCUGAUGGGGCGGCGGGCCAUGGCGAGCGGCCACAGUACCCCUGAUGAGUUGGGGGCCACGUCUCGUCAGGCACAGCCGCCUUCCACACCCGCCUUUCCCGUCUCCCCCCAGCUGCCAGACAAGAAGAAUGCUAUCAUCACGGGUGUAGAGAGGACAGAAAACAAGAACCUGGUGCUGGACGGUAGUGGGUCAAACCUGACCGAGACGCUCACAGACACCUCUAAGUCCAUUUAUGACGAUUAUCCAGACAUCAAGAUGAACGUCAAGUUUGUCCAGGACACGUCCAAGUUCUGGUACAAGCCCGAGAUUUCCCGGGAGCAAGCCAUCAACGUGCUUAAGGACAGGGAACCCGGUGCAUUCGUCAUCAGGGACAGCCACUCCUUCCGUGGGGCGUACGGUCUCGCCUUGAAGGUGGCCUGCCCGCCACCAACAGUGCCGCAAAGCAAAAAAGUUGGAGAGCUGACCAACGAGCUUGUGAGACACUUUCUGAUCGAGACGAGCCCCAAAGGUGUUCGUCUGAAGGGAUGCCCCAAUGAGCCCUACUUCGGCUGUCUCUCGGCGUUGGUGUACCAACACUCCAUGACGCCGCUGGCACUGCCCUGCAAGCUGAUGAUCCCCACCAAAGACCCAAAUGAGGAGGCGCUGGAGCUGGCUACACCCACCGACCCAGUUGUGGAGCUUCUGAAGCAAGGAACAGCUCCCAAGAUUCCGGAGGAGUCUUACGCAUGCAACGUGCUCUAUAUUAACUCUGUGGACAUGGAGUCCCUAACAGGCCCUCAGGCCAUCGGCAAGGCCAUCAGUCAGACACUGGCGACCAAUCCUCUGCCCGCCGCCACCGUCGUCCACUGCAAAGUUUCCCCGCAGGGGAUCACGCUGACAGACAGUCACAGGAAGAUCUUCUUCCGGCGACAUUAUCCACUAAGCACCAUAACCUACAGUGACACUGAUCCCCAAGACAGAAGGUGGGGCAAAGAGGGCGGUGGUUCAGUCAGGCUUUUUGGCUUUGUGGCGAGGAAACAAGGAAGCACAACCGACAACGUCAGUCACCUGUUUGCAGAGCUGGACGUGGACCAGCCCGCCUCGGCCAUCGUCGGCUUCAUCUCCAAAAUGAUGCGGCGGUGAACUGCCGCUGGAUGGCGGCUAUUUCAAAUCAUUGUGGUGUAUAUCCGCUCUGAGGAUAUACGACGAUGUCCUUUUUAUUUGAUUGUAUUAUUUGGUUUGAUCGACGUGUCCCACACGUCUUUUGGAGGGAGUAGUCGAGAACUCGCGGAAGGGGGCUGCGAACGUGGUUAAGACGGCGGCAGCGGCGGCGGCGGCGGCUGGAUCGAGUGGCGAAAAUUGAGAGCGGUAAGUUCAUGCGAGGGCUGUGCGCGACGUUUCAGGGUUGUUGUUUUUCUUGAUCGUUUUUACCAAAGGUAGCCAGAAAAUUACGAGCGCAAGCAAGAACGGCGUAGCAACGAAGCCGUUCUUAUCAUUUUUCUCCUUUAAAAAGAUGGACACACAAAGAAGCGACGUUUCUUGUCUUCAGGAAAAGAAAAAAAAAAAUAGAUAGCCUGGAUGCUUUCCACGGAACUUUGACUGAAGACGUUAUGCAUGUUAGCUUGAUCUUUAAGCUUGGUUCUCCUACCUUCCACCCAACCUUGUCAAGGCCCCUCGGAGCGGACUCUUCUGGUUCUGCCGUGUGUCAGAAAGGGCUCUGCAGUGACUGAUCUAAACUGCACAUCUCAGACCAGAUCCCUUCCCCAAAAAAACAGAAAAAAAAAAGCUCCGCCAAGGUCGUCCCCUAACGAAAGACUACACUUUCACUGCAAGCAGGGUGACUUUGACAGGAUUGACCACCGGGUGGCGCCACCCCAGUCAAGCUUGCACUGACUGACACUGGAAAGCACCUCCAGGAAACUCCAACCUGGAACCUAUGCACUGUUCUUUCUGCAUGCUGUUCCUCCCUCAUAGCUGCAUUCACUGAAAACAUUCUAUGCUGUGUGCCACUUAGACACUGAGGCUGUUUGACUCGUCAAGAGACUGCAUGAAGUAGACUUUUUUUUUUAUUUUAUUUUUUAAAAACGCCCCUCCGAGUCCUCAAGACGUAGACGACCCCAUUUUUGAAGUAGUCCAACGAUAGUAAAAUGUUCGAUUUUUCUUUUUUUUUUUUGUUUUGGUCUGACCGAGCCCCGUCUCGUUGUUUGUGUUGUCAGAAAAACGCAUUCGGAUACUUUUAGCAGGAAAAAAAAAAAAAAAAAAGUGCAAAAAUUGCACACACUCAAGCAUCUACAAUAAGAGGAUGGAUAUAAAUGUACAUAGAUGAACUACUUUGAAAGGUGACUUAGCGAAAAGUAUUUAUUUUUGUUGCUUUGGUCCCUCAUGAGUACUCAUGUUAUGCAUAUAUUGUACAGUCUAGAUAAAGAAAUGGGUUCAGGAAAAAAAAAAGAAAAAAAAAAAAAAAUCUAUACUUAUUUUGGCUAAUGAUUUCAAAGUCUGAGGAUUUUGGAAAAUGCGUUUGGAUACAUGGUGUACAUGACUUUGUACAUGCGUUUGUUUCGGCUCCAUCUUGUUUGUCAUCUUGGCGAGAGACUUGCAUGGACAGGGAGAGUGCGUGAGCUAGCGUUUGUAGGCGGGUCGGAAUCUUUUUAGAAAUAAUUGUAGCAGAUAGAUCUUUGCAGAUUUUCCAAAAAAAAAAAAAAAAAAGGGAAAAGAGGCCAAGUUCAAAUGCAAUAUAUAUAUAUAUAUACAUAUAUAUAUAUAUAU